GAGUAGAAUUGUGUCAUGUUCAAACGCACUGGAGACGGACUUCGACCGUCCUCCUUCUCCUUUGGAUGUUUUUGCAUUUUUUCUUAGCAGGUCUUUUUUUGGAGCCAGAUUCCUUAGCGGGGUUCAAAUUAUUAUUUAAUAUUAAAAGAAAAUUUUCUUAAAAAAAAAAAAGGAAUAUGAGAUUGUUUAUUAGCUUCGUAGCAGUUUUAUGUAUCUUAUGCAGCAGAGUCUUAGCCGAUCAGAUUUUUCCAUCUCAUGUAGCUGGCACAUUUGGCCGAAGCUCCCGUGAACCAAAAUACAAGAUUGAGUUCCAUACAGAAGACUCACCCUACCAUCCUGAUGAUGAUCAGGAGUCUGUUAUUAUGCCUAAUAAAGAUGGAAAGAACUUUUUAUGUUUUUUGCCUAAGGUGGAGAAAGCCAAGACUGGAAUGCCAGUUACUCAGCUGAACACUAGUAGCAUGAUUGUGGAAACUGAGAAACGGGUUAAAAUGAAGAUGCCAGAUGAACUACUGGAAGUAUUGAAGGAUCAAUGCUUUAUCAGACAAGAGGGUUGGUGGUCCUAUGAAUUUUGCUAUCAAAAGUGGUUACGGCAACUACAUUUGGAAGAGGAUAAGGUGGUUCAGGAAUUUGUCUUGGGUGUAUAUGAUGAAGUGGCCACUGCUGCCUUCAACCAGAAUCUCUCUGACAUCUUCACAUUAAAAGAUCCUCGCUCAAAAGAUGCAUCACAAAGGUAUCAUGCCCAUCAAUAUAUGAAUGGAACCCUUUGUGAUCUUACUAAUCGGCCCCGAGAAACUGAGGUGAGAUUUGUCUGCUCAGAGCCAAGAGCAAUGAUUAGUUCAAUUACAGAGUUAUCCACAUGCAAGUAUGCACUUACUGUUCAAUGCCCUAUGCUAUGCAAACACCCAUUAUUCCAAGAAGAGAGACCGGUGUGGCAUACCAUUAAUUGCAAUGUGCUUCCUAAGGAUUACAGGGAUACCAAGGUUGAGGACGCACAUAUUACUAUGAACAUGGGCUCGGAAGAUCAAACUAGUUAUGAUUCAAAAGAAUGAACGUUGUAAAUCUUCAGACACGUUUUGAUCAUACAUUUAUAGAGAUAAGCCUUGUCUAAGUAAAAGUAUUACCGUAUCAAAUUAAAGGGUUGUUAAUAUCCACUUUUA